CAAUUUUAUUAUUAUUUUUUUCUCCCGUUUUUUUUUUAAAAUUUUUUCAUUUUUUAUAUUCUAUACAGCAAUGGCUAUUACUUUUUUUUUUUUAAUAAAGUAAAUCUUUUUUCUCACUUUGGAACGCAGAAGACAAAAUGCUAAUAAUAAUAUGGAUUAGAUUAAGGUGAAGGCCCCAAGGCCCAAGUCCAACCCCUAAAAUUUACCAUGUUUAUUUAUUUUAUUUUGAUUUAAGUUUUUCUUUUUUAUUAGCCAAUUCUGGGGCAAAAUUUUCAUCCAAUUUCAAUCUCGUUCUUUUGUCAUCGUAUAUGUAAUCGUGAUUGUUUGAAAAAAGAUUAAGGUAAAUUUGAUCGGUUUAAAGUUCAUCGGUACUUGUGUUAUAAAUUAGAAGGAAAGUAUGUUUUGAUGUGGGUGGAAGGUGUGAUGUCUUGUCAUCCAUCUGAUUUUGGCGCGGGCAUCGCCGAUUCGGUCGUCGGCGGCGGUGAUGGCUAGCAACCGCAAACGUCUGCGACUCCUCCAAGACCUUUACAAUGUCACUAACGCUCUUUCUGAACCCCAGGCAUAAUCCUUUCCUUCUUCCUUUGCUGUAAUUUUUUUUCCUUCUAUUUUAUUUUGGUCGCGGGGUUUUCAUUAUCUUCUUAGCCUCAUCUUACUGAUCAACUGCAAAUCGACUUUCUUUUUUUCUCAUACGCAUCGUUUUUCGUUGUUCAAAAGAUGUUUCAUGCUGAUUUGUUUUUGUUAUUCAUUUGCUGGUAGUUUCUUCCCCCCUUACUAACAACAAUGAAAGGAUUGAUGAUGGAUUAUUAUUGUAUGCAUACUCUCUUCUAUCAGUUAAGGGUUUCGCUUUAUACUCUAAUUUGUAAGUUUUUAAAUGCGUGCUCCAUUUGCUAAAGUUCUUAUUGGAAUAGGGUUUGGUUGAUUGAACACUCUUUCCUUUGGUGAAACAGAAUAGUAGGUUCUAAUGCUUACAGAGUUACAGUUGUAGAUUGGUUUCUCAUAUUCAUUGUGAUUGACUUGUUUGUGGGUUAAUGUUUUGCUUCAUUGUGAUAGACUUGUUUGUGGGUUAAUGUUUUGCUUGUAGCAGGAUUUCUCCUGAUUAAUUCCUAGUUAAACCCCUGACCAUACCACUCAAGAUGAGUAGAAUACAUGUCAUCAUUUACUCAAAUCAAAAGGCGAAGGCCUGCUAAAAAGAUGUGAAGAAAAGAAAACUAUUGAGAAGGAUAUGAUUUAUUUGAAUUUAAUUGUUGUUGUUGUUGAUCCAUGAAGCUUAUCCUGAAAAGAAAUGCUGUGUUGGUAUUGUUGAAGCCAACUGUUGUAUUUUCUGCCCUUUUGCAAAAACCAUAUAGACAUAUUGAGAUGGUCGAUUGGGUCUUUAAGAUCAUUGGUUUCUAUGAUUCUUUUACUAGUAUGAUUUUAGCAUUCAUGUACCUUACUGACGACCUUUUAACAUGUUAGAUCACGCCAAUUUUACGAGGAAGUGUGCGGAUGCAAGGGCCUGUUAACGAGUCAGACCAAGAUGGCGUCCAUGCCAAUAUGGUGAGAUGACAGGGUAAUUACAUGCGGAACAUUCUUCUUCUUCGUUUACACAAGCAUCAUUCCAUGUUUCCAUACUUGCAUUGGGUUCGGGAGUUUAAAUGUUUGACAUGUAAAGGUUAAAAUAAUAAAGAAAUCAAAACUUAUCAUGGAUCCUACUACUAUGGGUAUUUUACUAUUGUCACCAACUGUUGCGAAUAUUUUGUUAUGAACUCUUAAAAUUUAUAUUUCAUAAGAUAUCCGCAGUAGAAUACCCUGCAAAAGAGGUUCCAAAAAACGAGUUCUGCUACGAACUAAUGGUCAGCCUUAGAAAUGAGUGUUUUUUUCUUUUAAUAUAUAUAUAUAUAUAUAUAUAUAUUUACAUAGUGACUAUUUUAUAUCUCUUCAUAUGUUUUCCAUGGAAAAGGAUGGAAGGAUAGCUAAUGCAAUUUGUUUUGGCAGACCCCUUUAUGUCUUAUUUUAGUUGUAUGAUUCCAUGCAUUUCACCAAACCUUUUCUUAUUUUGUUCUGUGGAUGAAAUUGACUUUUUUUUAUGGACUUUUGACAGUCCUUUUUAUUAAUUAGCUCUAUUGCAUUUUUUUGGAUCAUAAACCUUUGUUUAUUUAUAAACUGGUUGGUUGUGCCAGAUGCCAUUUCCAGUUGAAGAAGAAUAUUGUACUUAUUACUCUAAGAAUUCAGGAUAUUACUGUGGACCCCUAUCUGGAACUUGUAUUGCGUGUUCAACACUUUCAUCAUCUUGUUUGCAUACAAAUCAGCAUCUCAUGGGGUCAACAGUUGAUGAAUGUUCUGGAGAAGCAUCUUCUGGCAAUGCUAUAAGUUAUUCUGUUAAUGUUUCCAUUCCAGUUAGUAAGACCCGGACGGGACAUCUGGUUAGUGGGAGUUCAAGUAAUACAUCAGAAAAUGUUUAUUGUGAAGCUAGCUGUAGGAACAAUUCUGACUUAUUGUCGGCAGCAUCUGAAACUGUCUCUGUGUUUCCAAAGCCUGAUGAUUUUGAAGUUCAAGGAGACGCUCCUAAGGAUAAUCAUCAGUCAUGCAUUACCAAAGUUUCUGACUCCCAGUCACUUCAAUUCAGUUUGAGUAUUGGUGACGGUAAAGGUUCUUCCAGUUUCCCACUUUCUGCUAAUGCUCUGUUAGCCCAAGAAAAUGUUUCAAUUGGCUCUUUUCAAACUUCUUCUGAAUGUUUGGAUGUGAGAAGCAAUUUUGAUCAGGGUCAGAGGAACUAUAGAGGGCAAAGGUCAAAAAGCAAAGAAAACUUGAAGGAAUUGAAGGAUUCUGUGUUCUCAGUGGCAGCUUUAUCCUCACAGAGUGCAAGCUUUUGUGAGGCUCCUUCAGAUACUGGGGGACAUACCAUUGAUAGAUUGAAUGCAGACGGUAAUAAUUUGUUACCUGUUGUGAUUGAUAAGCUUCCUUCUUCUGACCAUAGUGUCGAGAUAGCACAGGAACAUUUAUCCCCUCAUCUUCAUGGCGAGAAUGUGAAUUCACUAUUGGGGGGGAUGAGUUCUGUGAAUAAUCAUAGUGAUAAUGCCAUGGAAAUUGUGGAGAAAAAUGAAGUUGGUGACAACACAGACACGUGUCUGACCAAUGUUAAAGAAAGUUCUUUAGAAUCUCACUCCUUAGACGAGUGUGAUGACUCCGAUUUGGUGGAACAUGAUGUAAAAGUGUGUGAUAUUUGUGGUGAUGCUGGUAGGGAGGAUUUACUUGCUAUAUGCUGCAGGUGUAUUGAUGGAGCUGAGCACACGUAAGUCAGCUCUGUACCUUGUCUGUGUACACACAUUCCCACCAUUCACCAUACACAUAUGUUUAUUCACAAUACAGCACUUUGUUAUUGUUCUCAUUCAUAGCUUGUUGUUUAGCUAUUGCAUGCGAGAAAUGCUGGAUAAAGUUCCUUUGGGGGAUUGGCUGUGUGAAGAAUGCAAAUUGUAUGCGGAAAUGAAUGGUCGGGAUCUAGAAAUUGUUGGCAGUGUUGAUGGAAUUGAAAAAACUAGAUCUUCUGGACCAGUUGACCCUGAAAGUUUAGAUGUCUAUAAGAAAUUUGAAACCGGAGUUUCAGAUGUUGACCAAAAAAACAAUUAUAUUAAUUUUCCUUCUGCAAAGAUAUUGGGCAAAAGACAGUCGAAUGAUUCGCAAGUUUCUUCUCCUGCAAAGAGACAUGCUCUUGAACCAGAAAAUGUUUCUGGAAAUAAGUCAAUUACCAACGGGGAACCUGCCAUUUCUCGUAAUAGUUCAAUGAAGCUGGAUAGGUUGAAGACAAAAACCGACCAUUCUUCUAAUAGCCCAAUAUCAGCUCCUGAAUCAGCAGACCUUGCUUCUGCUUCACGACUUCAAGCUCAAGGUACCUUUGCCAAGUCUAACUCAUUCAACUCUCUGAAUGUGAAGUCUAAGGUUAAUCUUCUAGAUGAUGUUAUACCUCAGAAGCAAAGAUCAACUAGGGAAUCUGUUUCGUCCGACAGGAAGGAGGGAAUUUCCAGAUCAAUGAGCAAAUCUAUGUCAUUUAAAACUCCAUAUGGUGCCCGUGCCAAUAUUGGUGAAUCUAAAGUGAAAAUGUUGUCUCCCAAAUUCUCACAUCUGCAGGAUACUAAAGGGUCUAAAAACAGCAAAGACUGCAAGGUUUUUGAAAGGAAAAAUUCUUUUCAGUUGGAGAGGUCGUCGUUAGCUAAUUCUGGUAGCCAUGCAGCCAAGAACGAUAGAAAAAUUGUAUCUUCUGGAGAAACUAAUUCUCUUAAUCCUCCAAGAAAAUUUCGGGAUGCAAAAGCCGUAACUUCUGAUAGGAGGUCAACAAUACUGUCAAAAUCACCAAGUUUUGCUACUCGUAAGGGUUUAGAACCUGUUUCUCUAGGUGAAGUUAAGAGGCAAUCUACUACUGGUCUGGUUGGGAUUUCAUCCGCAAAAGUUCCAAAGCCUAAUCAAGAUAACUUAAAGGUGGAUACCUCUUCAAGUAAUUGUUCUGCUGAGCUGUCAUCUUGCUAUGCUAAUGAAGGUUCGCUAGAUGAUUUAUCUCAGCAAAUUGAAUCGACAGAUUCUGAUGAGAGAGCUAAAGAUGGUUUAAGCAGUAGAUUAAGAGAAGGGGUGGACAGUAAGGAUAAACUGAAGGCUGCAAUCGAAGCCGCCAUGCUCAGAAAGCCUGGAAUAUACCAGAAACAUAGGCAGCCCAGUCAUUGUAGUGAUGUAUCUGCUGUAUCUGCUGCCUCAAAAUGCGAGACGGCAGCUAGUCACGUUCUGAUGUCUGGUGCAAGUAAUAUGGAGAAUGUAUCUCUUUCCUUUGAGGAGAAGAAAAUGAUACUAGGAAGCUCCACGUCUGACUUCUAUAAACGAGAAACUCUUGAUGAUGCAAAGCAGAUUGCACUUGUUACUUGUGAAGCUUCUACCUCUAGUGCAGAAGAAUCACCCCCCUUCGGCCCAUUGGAGGGGCUGUCGUUGGCCAUUCCGGAUAAUGAUUAUAUAUGGAAUGGGGCUUUUGAAGUUCAAAGGGUUGGGAGAAAUAUAAGUUUGUUUGACGGAAUACAAGCUCAUCUAUCAGCUUCUGCAUCGCCAAAAGUUCUUGAAGCGGUGAACAAAUUUAACAAUAAAGUCGUCUUAAAUGAAGUACCCCGCUUGAAGACAUGGCCAGUACAGUUUCAGGAGAAUGGUGUCGGGGAAGAUAAUAUAGCUAUUUUCUUUUUCGCAAAAGAUUCUGCAAGCUAUGAGAAGAGCUACAAAGGGUUGUUGAAUAAUAUGAUGAAGAAUGAUGUUGCUCUUAAAGGAAAUUUCGGUGGUUUCGAGCUUAUGAUAUUCCCAUCUAAUCAGCUUCCUGAGAAAUGCCAGCGCUGGAAUACAAUGUUUUUUAUGUGGGGUGUGUUUAGAGGAAAGAGGGUUAAUCAACGACAAGUGCCUGGCUCUGAUGAGAAAACUAAUGCUCCUCAAGAUGUCAUCAUGGCUAGCAUGACUUCCCCUGUGAACAUAUCAUUAGGUAUGCCCAUAGACAUUGAAACGAGAGCUUUGGGGCUGACAAGUUUAUCAUCUUCUGAAGCAUUGAGGGGAUUAAGUGAUUGCAGACUGUCUUCGGAUAUCAUGGACAAGGGUCCUCUACAAACUGACAAUGUUCUGUCUGAUAGUCGGCAAAACUUGAGACCGUUUUCUGUUUUGCAUCCCAGUGUUGCAAAAUCAUGUGUAGAAAAGGCUGACAUCAGUAGGGACUUGAGCCGUUCAAGUAUUUCCCUGCAGGAACAAAAAUGUUGCAUCGGUUCCGAUGACAAGAAGGAACCAGAAGUUGAAAUUCGUGUUGAAUCUGCCAUUAGAGAUUGUGAUUUGAAUGAGAGUCCGCAGAAGCUCAUGAACUACCACCCUGAUUUUAAUCAGCAGCAAUUGUCAUCUGCUGCUGGCUCUCAUGAGAUGAGUUCUGCAGGGGACCGAAUCUCGUUGGAUGGAGCAAGUCUGGAAGGCAAUUUAGCGGAUGGAGCUUCUCCUGGUACUGGAAACCAAAUGGUGGAUGACAAGUUCACUGAAGUAGCUUCUGAGCCGGCAAGUUUGAUAGGACCGGGGACUGCUACCGGGGACGUAGACCUUGAAGAAGUAAGGAUAGCCAAAAAACAGAAGACUGACUGUUAUGGUGGGCUAUAUGGAGAAAAUGGUGGUCAGACCAGUACUUCGAAAGACUCUGUUUUGCAUUCUGAUUGUCUCUCGCUUGCAAAUGGUGUUGAUGAGAUAAGUUCUGGAAGUUACUUUUUCCCUGUACAACCGAAGGAAGAAGUCGGGCAGGUUAGAAGGUUAAUGCAAUCCUCACCAAAAAUCAUUGAUCUCGAGGAGGACAUAGCCCCCAAUCUUGAGCUUGCUUUGGGGGCAGAAAGUAAAACCUCGCCUGCCCUGCCUUUUUUGGUUGAGAAAGAUGACAAAAAAUUCACCUGGCACCUUUCUUCAACGCCUGAACAAACAGCAACAACCAAGGGAAGAAGAGGAGAGGAGGAGGAGAACGAUGUAGUGUCUGCUUCGCUUUCCCUUUCGCUUUCAUUUCCGUUUCCUGAGAAGGAAGAAGAAACAACAGAGAAGAAACCCUCAUUGGGAUCUGAAGCUGGAAAUGUUAACACUUCGCUACUCCUAUUUGGGCUUGAGGGACAAGUAGAGAAUCGGAUACCCUCCAGCCUACAAUAUCCUGGAGGUAAUACUGCUGCAUCGCAAGCAUGCAAUAGGUUUAAAUGA